UGGAGAGUUCAAGUUACAAGACUACUGGAAGAAUAGGAAUGUCGCAUGGACAUUAUAUAAGAGUUUGGAGUAUUGUUAAGACAGAGGAGACCAAGGAAAUUGCUGCAAGCACCCAAGAGCAACUUGAGUCAUUUUUUCUACAGUAUUUUUUGAUCCCAAACCAGCUGCCAGAGUCAUGAGGUUCGGUGUCUUGUUCUUGCUCCUGCUUCUGGCCUGUUUGUACCUCAGCCUGGCACAAGGAACUUAUGAGAACUGCUGUCUGAAGCGUGUUGAUCGAGCGAGACAGUCUACAAUAAAGAGGGUGGUACACUACCGGGUGCAGGAAACUGAUGGAGGAUGCAACCUACCUGCCAUUGUGUUCACAAUGAAGGGGGGGAGGACCUUCUGCGCUAACCCCAACCGUAAGUGGGUACAGAAACUGAAGAAGAACAUUGAUGAAAGAAAGGCUUAAUUACAGAGAAACGGUCGACCAAAGAUAGGCUGGAAAGCCUUACUGGAAAACCUUUCUGCUCAUUAAUUCCUGGUGUGUGGAGCUCUUCUGUGAGACAUAAAUCGUUCUGUGCAUAAUUAGCAUGCUUCCAUUGUAAACCCAUGGGAUGAUCAAACACACACAAAAACACACACACACACACACACACACACACACACAUACACGCACACACACACACACAAACACACACUUAAAAAUGGGUGAGAAAAGGAUGAAUUAUUCUUUUGGAAGUAAACAUAACCCAGUUACAGUAUAUGAAAUGUGAGUUACUGUAAGCUAAAUAGUACCAACUGUGGGUACACCGAUGUCUGAGAUAAGAGAAAUGUUAUUGAAUGUGCAGUAAUUCACUUAUUAUGUAUAUAGGCAUAUUAUACAAUUCGCCAAAUUCAGCUCUUCCAAAGCAACAAAGUAGAAAUGAAUGCACAGUAAUUACAGGAUGUCAGCAUAUAAAGAGCAUCCUUGUUAGAAUCUUGUGUGCCAGGGCAGUAUAAGUGGUCAUAUCUUUGCUAUGCAUAAUGUACAAAACAUUUGAUGGUUAAAUACUUUCAUUAUGAUUCAUACAAGUAAUGACUAUUUCUGCAAUUAUAAUAACUGUGAGUUUGUAUUGGUUGGGACCAUAGUGUUAUUAUAUGCUUCAAGAUCGGGCAUAAAAUACAUUUGACUCGAUAUAAAUGAUAUUCAUUGUUCUGAAUUCAAGUAGUGUGAAUAUUUUGUUAUAUGAUAGAGAAUGUGACUUUUUUAGCUUUCAGUGUUUAUUUUUUUAGUAUUCAAAAAAAAAAUUUGGUUUGCUUUUGGGACAGUGCUGUUGGUGUUAUUGUGAACAUACUGAGAGCAAAAAACAAAUGAUAUUUUCAACCCUAUUGUUUUUAUUUUCUUACAGAUUAAGUCUGAAUGUGAAUGCCAUUUAAAUGUGCCUGCAACUAUUGAGCCACUACUUUACAGUUCUGCAAUGAUUCUGGUUGAAGUUUAGUCUUUGUGCUUUUUCUGAUAGGAUUGUUCAUCACAUUAUGAGAUUUUACAAAUGUUUUACUGUGUAUCCACCAGUUUACUGAGAAUAAAAAACAUUCAGCUUCAAGCAAUGUUCAUUAUUGUCAUAUUUUCAUGGAUUAAAAUCUAAAUGUAAAUGUGAACCCAUUCCCUUUCACUCUUCAUUCAAUAAAAGCAUGACAAAUGAAAGCUG